AUGGAGACGUCUACUCCAUAUCGAGCAUCUGGAAGGCCCCGUAAAGGCUUACAGAUAUGUUUCCAAUGCCGAAACCGUAAGGUCCGGUGCGACGGCACGGCGGGCGGUUGUGAAAACUGCCGUCGGCUGAAGUUCCACUGCUCGUUCUCGGUACCCGACACGGAUCAACUAGUUGAUAAUAGUGACGGUUCAAUUCCACGAAGUGACCCAAGUCACCUGAGACUGGAAAAGCGUCGAGUCCGCAGGGCGUGCGUGCAAUGCCGAGAUAAGAAAACAAAGUGCUGCGGCACACAACCGAUGUGUCGUCGAUGCUUAUCCAGAGGGGCAGCAUGCCAGUACCCUGACUCAGCCACCAACCACAAGUCACUUUCAUCAACUGUCGAAACCUCAACCUCACAAGGGCAACCUGCGGCAACAGUACCUAAUGACUCAGCUAGCGGUAUAAUGCAUAGAGGCUUAUCAUCAAGUCGAGAAGUAUCAAUAGCCUUAUCUCCAGCCUCAUCUCUCGGCUUUGAUUUGGUUAUAAAUAAGACUAUCAUCAAGCAACACAUCGAUGCUUUUUUUGACUAUGUAUAUCCAAUACCGUGCUAUGGCUUUGUUCACAAAGCAACUUUCUGCCAAAGUUGGGCACAGGGCACCUACAACCCGCGGCUAUUGAAGUCCAUUUGUGGCUUGACUGGACGGUAUCUUGCUUCAAGCGAUAGCACGCGUCUGCAGCAAAGCACAAGAUGGAUUCACGAAGCGGAGACGGAACUGUUGAUGAGACUUAGCGAGCCUUCAAUGUCGGAUAUCGAGGCACUUAUGCUCACGACAAUGGAUCACAUCAUUGCCCGGCGCUUCAGCAAGAUGCUAGUCUCUGCAUGCUUAGCUGCAAGGCUGGCAUACAUGAUGAGACUCAAUUAUGAAGAUGGUCGCCAUAGCUUUAUCACGCAAGAGCGUCGCAGACGUCUUAUGUGGGCUAUUUUCACGUUAGACACUAUGUAUUCGAGCGGGCGAGCUGAGUUUACUGGGUGUUCAAAAGACACCAUUCACCUUCAAUUGCCUUGCAACGAACGGUCGUUUACUCUGGACAUACCCGUAAUAACAGAGCCCCUGGCAUCAACAGGGGCUCGUGGGUCCUCAGAAUUGGGCCUCAUGGCGUACAACAUCCGAGUUCUCGACAUAAGAGACCGUAUCCAAAGAUUAUCCCACACUAUAACACACCACCGAAAGCCUUUACCCGAAUGUAUAGUACAGUUGACAGGGCUCGCCGACGAACUUGAGAAACUGCGCCGAUCUGUACCCCAGCAGUACAAUUUCGAUAAGAAGAACCUCUUCCUCCGUGCAUACACACCUCAAAGAACCCCUUUCGUGAUGUUCCAUGCAUGGUGGCAUCAGUGCCACUGUGACAUGUACCGAUUCACUAUACCGGGGUUUCGCGAAGGGCUGCCCGUUGGAGAGCUGCAAACCCUAUCACCUGAUUACGUCACAUACUGCAGAGAUCGAUGCCUGGAACAUGCCCUAGCUGUUGCAGAUAUCAUGGAUGCGGUAACAGAUAUGGGGAAGGACAUCUUCAUCACCGAUCCAGCUCUGGCAAUGUGUGCAUUUCACUCCGCGCGUGUGAUAUCACGUCUAGGGUCUCCUCAGUUCUCGCGACUUCCGAGAGCGAUGUUGAUCUCCAAACUGAAGGCUUGUUCGGAUAUUCUAGAGAUACCUGCAGAGAUGUAUCCCACAACAAAACUUCUACGUAGCGGUAUCUCUGACCUGAUCCAUGAUGCAGAGAGGGACUCGGGUGAUACGUCUCCAAUAAGGUCAAAUUGGGAGACCGAACAGUCUGGGACAGACACUGCCGACUCGGUAUCCGCGCGGUCAGCAAUCCAGCAAAAUGGGGCCAUUUCUACUGCAGAGAUAUACUCCAAGUACAGUGUGACGGACGAGAUUAGAAAGCUCAGGUUUCAGCAAGAUGGAGAGGAUGAUAUUCAGCGAUAUCAAUCAGGUGAAGUGGAUGUCAGGGAGGAUGAAGCCGUUACCACGACAACAAAGUCAUUUAUACUGCCUCAGCCAGUGAAAACUGAUGACAACCAGCCGUACAUCACAAUUUCGCAGGAUAUGACUGGAACCGAGUUCGGGUUCCCACAAGCUGGGCUGGGGACUACCACAGCAACCUACGAUGUGUCAAUGACACUUGGGUUCGAACCCAGCUAUGGCGACUGUCAACCAGAUUUGUUCCUGGACUCAUUCAUGCCGCUGCAAAACGACUGGAACUUAGCAGAUCCUGCAUCCUUUUAA